UCAGGUAGUACCUUACUGUCUUGGUUUCAGCUGACAAGGAAGGUUAGCAUGCAAAUGCUGAUUGAAACUUUGGAAGGAUUUGUGGAUUGUUUCUAACAGCAUCCUUUAAGCAUUUUGUUAUUUGACACCAAAUUCUGUAAGUACAAAACUUUACCAGCCACUGUUUUUGUUUGUGGGAAAGAUGGCUGAUUUUUCUGACAGAGCAGUGCAAGUUGCUCUCCUUCUGUCCUUUGCUUCGGGAGUGCUAGUGGGUUGGCAAGCUAACAGGGUACGAAGGAGAUUCUUAGACUGGAGAAAGAAACGACUGCAGGACAAGCUGGCAGAGACACAAAAAAAAUUGGACCUGGCAUAACAGAAGUUCAAGGAUUACUAUUUAAUCAGGCUGCACAAAAGACUUUGCUGGCCAUUGGGAGUUUGCACAUCGUCCAGAAAUCUCUGCCCAAGUGAGACUUUCUUCAGAUGACCAUUUUGGAUUUUCAACUUCUCUGAUUACAUCAAUAUUUUUUAAAACUAAGCAGUCUGUCUUUUUUAAUCAAGGUUUAAUUGAUGGCCUACCUAUUUUAAUACUUUGUGGGUAACAUCCGUUGGAAAUUUUCAGCUAUGCUACAUUUGGUGUAUGUGACAGUGUGUGAAAGUGCUACUUGUGUGUCAGUGGGGAGCUUAUCAUAGAGUUUUCACAGUCUGUUUGCACAAGGCAUGCCUAAUGAACAGUAUAGGUGACUGCCUCUUAGAUCGGUCUUGAGGGUGAGUGCCUUCAUGCAUAUGAAAUGCAUAAGAACAGCAAUGUUCCUAUUUAUGAAUUCCCAAGUGUGUAGGUACAGCUUUUUUUUUUUUUUUGAAAAGCUGAUGCAGAAAUACUUGCAUAUAUUAACUGAACAGCAGAAAUGUUCACAGCAUUGUUAUUGUAAUAUUCAUUAUUUCAUUGUCAGGAUACCGUUGAAAUGAGUCUAUGCUUGUGUAAAGCCUACUACAUUUACAGUGACCAUGAAAACUGCUGUGUGGAAAGGCAUUUACCAUGGAUACCGUAUAUGGAAGACAGUAUUCCUCAUCACCACAUCACAGCAUACCCUGAGAGGACUGGCGGCCUUCUGUUUUGGUUGUGAUUUUGUUGUACCGCAUCAAGCAGUCAAAAUAUGGGAAAACAGUAGUAACUUUGUAUGUCCUGUAGUAAAACAGAGCACCUAAGCUUUUGAUUUUCUACUGCUAGGUUAAAGCAGUAUUUAAUUAUAAAAAACAGAUAUAACUGUCUUCAUACAAAACUGGAUCAUUUGCUCAGGCAUGUACCCUACCCCAUCUUGCAAAUUUCAUUGUUAUAGUACUACAAUAUACUUCUGUCUUCUUACCAGAAAGAAAAUUGUUUUACACACUGAAGUUAGACACCUUUGUUGUUAGCCUGGGUACUAGGUGAGAAAAGUUUCCAAUAAUUUUUUUUUUCUGUUGUACAUAACAGCAUUUGCACUGUUUUACUAUUUACAGCUUGACAGACUGGUGCUUGUGAUUCUCAGAGUGUAUUAUUGUUAUAUAUGGUGGAGACUUCUAUUUCUUUUUUUGUAUUCAUAAAAUUAAUAAAUUUUAAGGUUAUUAUAGUUA